AUGAGAAUUCGUAGUGGAAAGACGCUUUCAAGCAAUGUCUUAACAGAAACUCUCGCGUUGAAACUCACGUCUGAAAUUGAAAUAAUGGACCAGUUGAUACAAGACUAUAAACCAAAUUCAGUAAAUGAAAACCUGUUACAGAAAUACACGAUUGCGGACAAUCUUGUGAAGAAUUGCACCAUUGCCCAACGCGAGUGGAAUAAUGAAAAUAUAAAGAUCACUGUUCCAGUAUACAGCGCCAGAAACGCUUACACUCACCAAAAGGCGAACAAUGAGACCGGCGUUGAUACAACAGAUGAAAUUCGGUUCUUCCUUCACUCAUUAAGUUUUUUCGUUCAAAUAACGAAGGAUGAAGGAAUUAUGUUCUUUAAACUGUCAAUCUCAAAGUUAAAUGAUCUUCGACUGGACGCAUUUCGAUUUGUCAAUGUGUCUUCUCGGUGUUUGCCGUUGAAUAAGACGCCGUUAGAUAUGGAUUGGUUCAAGAAAAGUCAAAUAUACUCUGGACGGAAUGUUCGCUACCUCAGAGAUUCAUUUCGGAUGUCUCUGCUUUCGUAUCUCAAAGAACGAGAUAUAACGUUCGAAGUACUACAAGCCAUUGUCACUCGCAGCUGGCGAAAAGAGAACGCACUCUUCAAGUCUUGGUUAGCAAACACAGUAAAGUUUCUGAUGUCCCGAUCAAAGGAGGAGCCAGUGUCCGCUUGA